AUGCAUUCUCAAUCCCAUCAAAACAUUUUCUUCCCUGAUGAUGGCACCACAAACCCAGACAACGGGGAAACCCCAGACACUAGUUUGAACAAUUUCUUGGAACAGUAUUUCCAGAACGAUCACGAUGGUCAGGGCUCCUUUGAACUCUUCACUGGCGGUUUUCCGGCUUGGACCAGCAGUACUGGUCCAGUCGAGGCUGCAGUGCCAACGCCGCCCCAGCAGCCCAUUGCGGGCAAUGCAGACAGCUCCGACGAGAGCCCGUCCAAUCAGAUUUAUAUACAGCCAACUGAUUCUGGUAACGCGACACAGUCAACGACCCAGGCUAUCAUGCUUUGGCAAGCCAAUGUGCCUAUCAACCAACAACAACAACCACUGACGGCAAUGCCGUCAAUGGCACAGAACGGGCCAUCUCCGUCGUCGGGGUCCUCGAACACCCUGCAGAGAAGAUCACGGGAGCGUCAAGAGCGCGCUCUUCGGCGCUCGGUGGCACAUGCUCGUGCACAUGCCAUUGCGCCGUCGCCGAGCACGAGUUCGGCCACAUCUCCGAAAUCGGAGAAAAGAGAGUAUAUGAGAGCCAAAAAGGCCUUUUGUGCAAACAUCACAAAAAAAUAUAAAAGAAAAAGGGGAAGCAGGACGGCUCGCAGUCCUGCUUUCACUGAAGACACGGCGCCGAGCCCGGCCUCGACAUGGGCGACAAGCCCAAACUCCACUGACGCCGCGAGCCCGGCGUCUACGUGGGCGACAAGCCCAAACUUUACAGAGACCCCGAGUCCGGCCACUUCAUGGGUUGAAAGCCCAGCUUGGGCUGACGCCGCAAGUCCGGCGUCUGCGUGGGCGAUGAGCCCGGUGCCAGCUGAUGAGGCGGCAAGUCCGGCUUUUACUUCGGUCGCGAGCUUAGCUUCUGCUGAGGCUGCAGCGACAGCAGAGGAGGUAGAUGGAAAAUUGUUUGCCGAUUGGUGCAAUUUUCCAGAUGAUGCAGCAUAG